GCCACCACUGCGCUAGCUUGUGGGGUAGUGCGUGAGCCGCAAACUAGUCGCGUGGCUGGGUCCCGGAACGCGCUGGAGACGGUUGGGGUCCGGCAUGGCCCGGCACCAGCCGGCCUUGGUGCUGUUGCCUCUGAUGCUCCUGGUGCGGACAACAGCUGUCCAGCUCUCCCCCGACUACCAGUACUUCGGCGACAAGGGAGAAGGUGACACCUGGGAGCUGCUGCGGCAGCAGCAUCAAAAGGUCUUGGAGGAUUCGAUCCUGGGCCCCUGGGGAAAGUGGCACUGUUUCUGCAACUUGGGCAAACAAGAACGCAGCCGAGAGGUGCUGGGCACAGCUCCAGAUCCCAUGGUGUUCAUGGAUCGAGAGAACCUGGUCCAGGCGAGGCCCUGCAGGCAAAGGGACUGUCCAUCCUGCAAGCCAAUGGACUGCAACUGGAGGCCCUGAACCCAGCAGCGUCCACGAGCAACGCACAAGAGACCCCGGGGCGGAGCUCGGAAAGUGACCUGGUGCAAAGCACACCCUCCGUUGCCUCCCGUGGGGACUACAAUUCCCAGGAGGCCGCACGGCAGCGGCGUCGGCGCUGCAUGCGUAAACGUCCGCGCCGGCGGGAGCGUCGGGGGCGUGUCCCGCGCGCUGAUUGGUCAGGAUACAGCGCUGCUGUGGAGCCCACGGCAAUCGCGCGCCAAGGCCAGCGCCUGCAGCGCUCCUUUUUGCAGCUGGCGGCGGCCGCUGAGGGGGUAUGGAUUUCAGCGAGUUGGAGAAAGACAAUACAGGCCGCUGUCGCUUGAGCUCGCCAGUGCCCGCCGUGUGCCGCAAGGAGUCAUGCGUUCUCGGCGUUGAUGAAGCGGGUCGGGGCCCUGUGCUUGGGCCCAUGGUCUACGCCAUCUGUUAUUGCCCCUUGUCCCGCCUGGCAGAUCUGGAGGCUAUGAAAGUGGCAGACUCAAAGACCAUGUCGGAGAGCGAUCGGGACAGGCUCUUUGCCAAAAUGGAGGAGAACGGGGACUUUGUGGGCUGGGCUCUGGACGUGCUAUCUCCAAACCUCAUCUCUACCAGCAUGCUUGGGCGGGUCAAAUACAACCUGAACGCCCUGUCCCAUGAUACAGCUGCUGGACUAAUACAGUAUGCGUUGGACCAGGGUGUGAGAGUCACCCAGGUGUUCGUGGACACAGUGGGGCUGCCAGAGACAUACCAGGAGCGGUUGCAGCAGCGCUUUCCUGGAAUUGACGUGACAGUCAAGGCCAAAGCAGAUGCCCUCUACCCUGUGGUCAGCGCUGCCAGCAUCUGUGCCAAGGUGGCUCGAGACCAGGCAGUGAAGAACUGGCAGUUUGUGGAGGACCUGCAGGACCUGGAUGCUGAUUAUGGCUCCGGCUACCCUAAUGAUCCCAAGACAAAAGCAUGGUUGAAGAAACACGUGGAACCGGUGUUCGGCUUCCCCCAGUUCGUUCGGUUCAGUUGGAGCACAGCCCAGACCAUCCUGGAAAAGGAGGCGGCAGAUGUUUUGUGGGAGGACUCCCCAGCACAGGACCUGGAAGGACCUGAGAGGAUCACCGCCUACUUCAACAAAGGCUCCCGAGCCCGCCCCCGUGCCCCCCACAGAUACUUCCAGGAGCGGGGCCUAGAACCAGCCACUGCCCUGUAGGAGGAGCCUCCUUCCUCCCCAGGCCUGCCUCCCCUCACCAAGGAGGAUUAAAGUUGUUGAAG